AUGUCAUCUGAUCCUUCUUAUAAUCAAGAGCACUAUGUGGGAAUCCAGGGAAUAGAUCGAGAAGAUAAUCUCGUGAUUGAUUCCAAGUCCCCUUAUCCUACCAAAUUACAAAGAAAUAAUGAAAACUUGAAGUUUACCAAGGAACAUAUUAUUUCGUUAUCACUAACUAGUUACUAUUCAACUGCUAACACAGUUCUCAAAUUACGGGAUUUAUCAGCAACUGAUCAGGCUUUCGAUUCCAAAGGCGGUCUUCCACAUCUUGGUACAUCCCAUGGCGUAUUAGCAUCCAUUACCUUACCAAAUAUUGGUUCACUCGUGGGUGGAGGGGAAUGA